AUGAGUAUCGGGAAGUUGUGCGAGAUUGUGGGGAUGGACGAUCCUUGUGGUGAAUACUGGUACAUGGAGACGCGCGGUAGCACCACAGGCGCGGUGUUUCCCGACGUGCCGCAUCUGCUCACGAUCUGCUGGUUCGAGGUCAGGACCGUUCCUCCCGUCGUGCUGCCGUUCCCCCUGCGCUGCGGGGUGUACGACGUGGCGUGGCGCGUCUCCCGCGACCCGACGCCCGACGAGUACGCCGUAGGCGGGCGGCAGAGGUUUGCGCGGCUGUUUGGUGAAGGCGGGGGCGAACGGGAAGAGGAGGAGGAGGAGGAGGGCGGCGGCGAUGGCGAGGUGGAGUUGGGAGGGACGGGAGGCGUGAAUGACGGAGAACAGCCAGCAGAUUUGAGAGGGACGCCUGAAGCAAGGAAUGGAGCAGUCCGUGACAGUAGCGGUGUCGGUGGCGGUGCAGGAAACCCCUUUCACCGCAUGGCGGGGAUGAUGCGGCGGUUGAUAGGGCGGGAGCGCGGGGUGCAGGCACGGCGCCCUGAGGGUGAGAAUCCGGGCCAGCACAGCAGAGUGCAACAGCAGGACAUUUGGGAGAGGAGGAGGGCGGCAUGGAGGCGAGUGGAUAGGCACUGCGCGUUCAAGUGGGUGCGGAACCCUGCAUUGAGCAGCGUGAGGGAGGAGGGGAGUGCUGGGGAAGGGGAAGGCGAGCAGAAGCGGUUUCAAAUUUCCGCCGCCACCAUCGCCAUGAUGCCUGACUGGACCACCCUGCCUGCAGGACGUUUGACCAUCAGGGGGGCUACGGCAGGGGAGACUGCAGUUGCUCCCGCACUGAAAUUUCGCUUGUGGGAGACGGAGAGUGGGUGGUGGAAGGAUGGACUCUAUGUGGAUGCGCUGCAACUCACAGAGCAGCAGCGGCCGCGGUACAAUAGGGUACAAUACGUCGGGUCCCCCAUGGAGAGAAGGCUCAGGAGGGCCGCAACGAGAGUGUCGGACCUCCCUGAGGACUGUCUUGCGUGCGUCCUCUCCUUCCUGCCUCCCGCUGACAUCGCCCGCUCUGCCUCGGUCUGCUCGGCUUGGCGCGCUGCUGCCGCGUCCCCGGAUGCGUGGCAGCGCGUGCUGCCGGACCUCUGCCGCCACGCUUGCUUUACCGCGCUGCCGCUCGUCUCCCGCGACCCGCACCCGCGCGCGUGGUGCCGCGCGCUGUGCCGCGGAGUGCUGCUGGACGGCGGGGUGUUCCACGCGCGCAUGGACCCCCGCACCGCCAAAUUCACUGUGAGCGUGAGUAUAGCGAAGGUGUGCGGAGUUACGUGGAUGGGCGACCCUCGCUACUGGCACAUGGAGACGCGUGGCAACACCACUGGCGCGGUGUUUCCCGACGUGCCGCAUCUGCUCACGGUGUGCUGGUUUGAUGUCAACGGCCACGUGGCAAUGCCGUUCCCCCUGCGCUGCGGGGUGUACGACGUGACAUGGCGCGUCUCCCGCGACGCCGAGUAUGCAUGGGCAGCAAGCGGGCAGUGGAGACGCUCGUUCAUGUGGAACGGGCGCCCUUUAUGGAGCAAGGUGAGGGAGGAGGGGAGUGCUGGGGGAGGGGGAGGCGAGCAGAGGCAGCUGGAAAUCUCCACCACCACCAUUGCUGUGCUGCCUGACUGGACCAACCUGCCUGCCGGCAGUGUGACCAUCAGGGGGCCAACGCCAGGGGAGACGACAGUGGCUCCCACACUGAAUAUGCGCCUGUGGGAGACGGAGAGUGGGUUGUGGAAGGAUGGGCUUUACUUAGAUGCGCUGCAGCUCACAGAGCAGUGA